AUGGCCUCCCCUCCACCUCCCAAUCCAACCUCAGCGCUUCUCGCCCUCCCCGCCGAGCUCAUCGCCCACAUCGCCUCUUUUCUCCCCAAAGAAGACAUCCUCGCCCUCCGUCUCACCAGCCACCAAUGCCAGCAAACCACGCAGCCCGCCUUUGCCUCAGCCUUCUUCUCCACCGUCGGCACCGACCUCUGCAAGCCCACGCUCGAGCGCCUCGCGCGCAUCGCCCAAGCCCCCCACCUCCGCCCGCACGUCCGCACCGUACUCUUCGCAAACUACCCGCACGGCCCAUGCCGCCUGCCCGGCACCCACCAACCCGGGUCAGGCUACUACUGGCGCCGUAUCGGCCGGCCGUCGCGCGACCAUCCGCCACCGCUCAACCCGGACCCAGAGGUCAACGAGGCCAUCGGCCUCCUCCAAACCGCCCUCGCUGCGCUCCCCAACCUG